CAAGGGUUAGGGUUUGGUUUUGGUUACGGUUACGUUUAAUGUAAGGUUAAACCAUUCUGGCUGGGUUAUCAAAUAUCAAAAAUCAAUGUUUAUCGUCUUUGUUAACAAAUUGAGCAAUAGGGUUAUUCUGGUUUAUUAAUUCGUGUGAAAAGUAUUGAUGAUUCCAACGAUUAACUUAAGUAUCAAAACAAUAUACAAACAACCUAACAAAUAAAAUAAAUAAGAAGCUUAGGUCUAAGUUAAAUGCAUUAAUCAUGAUUUAGUAUUUAAUUUCCCGUCUUCAAUCAAGUAACUUAAUUGUUAUUAACAAAGUCUGCUCUAUAGAAAAUAUUUUUUUUUUAUAAGCCUUUGGGUAACUUAACUGGUAUUAGGACUAGGCCUAAGUUAAGGCAAAGUAAUAGAAUGGAGAAGAAUCGCAAUACUUCUUAUUUUGAAGGAUGUGGAAGAGAAGGCCCAAUUAACUGCAUAUUUCUGACGGAGUUUCAUCACACGGCUGGCCCAAAAAUUACAUGUCAGGUUCCUGAAGAUUAUAUUCCUAAGGACACGUUUGAGGCUGUUAGUGUUUAUAUAAUUCCCAAAGCUCAACUACAGCGAAGUACUCUGACCAUAACUGUUUGGAGUCUUAAAAUCUUAGGAUUUCCUGUUCGCAUUGACAACAAGAAGUAUGCAAGAAAUGCGUUUUACUUCAAUUUGUGUUUUGUUUUUGACUCUUGGGCACGAACGGUCCAGUAUGAACCAUUGGUGAAGAAGCUCUCUGAGUAUCUAACAGCAAUGGAAGUGGAGAGUAAUUUCCUUUCGCAACAAGAACAAAAUUCAAGUUACCGAACUCGGCUGGUCAGCAUGUUGAAACAAGUUCUACACGACCUUAACAACCAUAAAAUGUGUACAUUGUCUGAAGGCACAAUGACAACACAUUUGAAGGUAGUCAGAGUUUGUUCUGAUCCUUCGCCAGUGUUGGACCACCAAGUUCCAGUGUUCCUGGAGACUCAUGACAUGUUCCGCUCUGAACAAUGGGACCUCACUACACAACAGGUGUUGCCUUAUAUAGAUGGUAUGAACCAUGUUGCAAAAAUUGCCUCUGAAGCGGAUGUUGAAAAUAACUUGGUUAAAUCCUGUUUACAAAAUUUAGUAUAUUACGGGCUGGUAAGCAUGGUACCAAUAUUCCAGUACUCCAACAUGUACACAGUGACCCCCAAACUGCGUAGGCUUGCUAUAGAUAAGAGACUGCAAGAUGAGUGCCUUCGUACCGUCGCAAAAACUGGUCGUCAGAUGCCUAGUGUACGUGAUGUUUUCCGUAUGUAUACCGGGAUGACUCACGGCACAACAGUACGAGACUUGUGUCUCAGGUUUGACCCGUCUGCGCUGCACAUAGACGAGCGCAGGCUUGUGCAGUUUGGUGUCCUAGAAGGUCUCAUACGGAGGAUUCAGAGGUUUCCUGUGGUUGUUACUGAAUGUCCAACUGGUCCUCUACAAACACACUUCACUGGUCUACAUUCAGUGGAUGAGCUGUGUUGUCUGAUAGGACUAAAAACUAGGCAUCUGCUUGACCAAGUAGAGCGGGACUCAAAUACUGUCUUCAUCUGGAAGUGAUUCAUCAGUACCUUGACAUCAAAUUCACUGUCGAUGACUUCCUGGUCCAACUCUCUGCGAAGCUGCUUGAGGAUGUCAUAGUCCAAGUAGGAUGGCUCAGGAGUGUGCAAGGGACCGCAGUCCCCCUCCAGGGGAGUCACACUG